CCGGUUCUUAUUAUUUUCUUUUUGUAAACCAAAACAUUUAGUGGACCAAGUCACUGGACGUCGAUUCGAAGCUGCACAGCCGAUUGGCUGUGAGAAAACAUAAGUGGCAUUCUCAUGAUCCACUUGUACUCCGUCUCCAAGGACCGUGGGCUCCGCCCCUCUCAGCGGUGUGGAAACAACACGCAUGGUCCGUGGACAGGCAGACCUUGGAGAAGCGACUGGAUUGUGAGACAUGGAUGGGCAUCACCGGUGUGUGAAACAUGGGGAUUUCAAUGUUAGAGCGCAAGCGGGCAAAUCAUGACCGAGGCGGAGACAGAGGUUUGUGGAUUAUACCAGCCAAAGGAACAAACUGUCUUAAGAUCCAGUGACAAAAUGCCAGAAAAAUCAUUACGGCCCUGCAGCCUUUAAAUCAUGGGAAAUGCUGAGAGCCAGAAUGGGGACCAUGCCCUCUAUGGACGUGGCUAUUUGUCACGUAAGCACAUGUCUCGGUCUCUUCGCAUCUCCAACAAGCAGUCCAGACGCUCUCGCCAUGCUUCAUCAGGAAAAAUAGAGCACAGGAACUCUGAGACAAGCACGCGCUCAAGUAGCACACCCAGCAUCCCACAGUCCCUGGCUGACAAUGGCCUGGAACCCUUCAAUGAGACAAAUAUCCUCCCAGACUUUGGAAGCCCCAUUUGGGUGGACCGGGUGGCCAUGAAUCUGCGUCCAGUAUCCUUUUACAAUGACCUGGCCAAUCCCUCAAUGCACAUAACCCUCCCUGGUCCCAUGGCAGAGGAGGUGCAGGAUGAAGAUAUGUACGCAGGUGAAGUGAAAUACCUCCAGAAAACCCCAGACUGCUCCAAGGAGACUGUUGGCUUCAAGAAGAGGUCUAAAUCUGCAGACAUGUGGCGAGAUGACAGCCUGGAGUUCUCCCUGUCUGAUGUCAGUCAAGAUCACUUGACCAGCACAGAGGAGAUUAUAGACUUGACUAACGAGAGGGACUUCACUGGCUGCGAAGGCCACCUGCAGUCCAGCCCAACAGACUCCACUGACAGGGCAAACUCACUGGAUGAGCUGUAUAGCCAGAUGAGUCCUGCCUCCAGGCAACUCCAUGGCCGCUAUGCAAAGUGGCACAACACCAACAGGGCUAUCAGGGAGGGUGAGGACGAUAAAAUGCUAUCUCCAUCAGAGGAGGAUGGAAACACCUACGGUGCAUACACCCUUCCCUGCCGACGUUCACAUUGCUUGUCUGAAGGCCUGACCAGCCACCAAGUUGAAAUGUGUGCCAGCAUGCAGGGCAGGAGGGCGCAGACUAUACAGGAUGUCACAGGCGGGGAGGGCAGCGAAUAUGAGGACAGUGGCAUCGACGGGGUGACGGUGGAGCCGGAGCACCAGUCUCGCCGCUACAAGACCAUGUCGGCCUCCUUCUCUGUGUUCUCAGUGCAUGGCAGGAACAUGUUCACUGGCAGUGACAGCGGGAGCAGCAGUGGCGGCGGAGGGGCCAGCGAGUGCGUUCAGGGCGUGUACGAAAACUUCCGUCAGGAGCUACAGAUGAGCUCCUGCCAGACUGAGAGCUUGGAGGAGGCGGGGUCUGCCCUAAGUGAUGAGCAGAGCACUAUGAGCUCCGCCUACCAGUCCGACCUCUUACUCAGUGUUGUCCAAGGGAUGGUGCGCAAAGCUGGCAAACUUGCUGUCAAGAACUUCCUUGUGCAUAAGAAAAACAAGAAAGUGGAGUCAGCCACAAGGCGCAAGUGGAAGAGUUACUGGGUUUCCCUCAAAGGUUGCACGCUCUUCUUCUAUGAGACUGAUGGACGUUCAGGAAUUGACAACAACAGCAAUCCCAAACAUGCCAUCUGGGUGGAGAACAGUAUUGUCCAGGCUGUACCAGAACAUCCCAAAAAGGACUUUGUGUUCUGCCUCAGCAAUUCCCUGGGAGAUGCUUUUCUAUUCCAGACCUGCAGCCAGACAGAGCUGGAAAACUGGAUCACAGCCAUCCACUCAGCAUGUGCCACUGCUGUCGCCCGCCAGCAUCACAGAGAGGACACUGUUCGGCUACUUCGCGCCGAGAUCAAGAAGCUCGAGCAGAAGAUCGAUAUGGACGAGAAGAUGAAGAAGAUGGGAGACAUGCAGCUGUCUGCUGUCACUGACACCAAGAAGAGGAAGACGAUCCUGGAUCAAAUAUUCUUGUGGGAGCAGAACCUGGAGCAGUUUCACAUGGAUUUAUUUCGCUUUAGAUGCUACCUGGCCAGCCUGCAAGGAGGAGAGCUGCCUAACCCCAAACGCCUUCUGGCUUUUGCCUCUCGCCCCACCAAGCUGGCAAUGGGCCGGCUGGGUAUAUUCUCAGUCUCUUCCUUCCAUGCAUUGGUGGCAGCCCGCACAGAGACCGGAGUGAGACGGCGAACGCAGGCCAUGUCUCGUUCCUGCAGUAAGCGCAAGAGCAGGUUCUCUUCCCUCUGGGGUCUGGACACUACCUCAAAGAAAAAGACAAAAGCCCACCCAACUGUCAGCCAGGUUUUUGCUGAUGGUGAAGAGCCCAUUAAAAAGCCAGUAGAUGGCAUAUAUCUUGAUCCUGCUAAGGAAAACACAAAAAGUGAGGAGGGAACUGUGAAAAGCCUUCCACGACCCAGCACAGAGAGCGAUAUCUGGGUUCCUGACCACCUUACGCCCUCCUGGGUAUGUCUCCCAAAUGACCAGCCCGUGCUAACAAUCAUCCAGCCAGGAGAGUCUGCGCUGUGUGUUCUCGAGUCCAUCUGCAAGGCUCAUCAGCUCGAUCCCACUAAACACUACUUACGACUCAAAUUCCUUAUAGAAAAUCAAGUGCAAUUCUACAUUCCCAAACCAGAGGAGGAUAUAUGCGACUUGCUGUACAAAGAAAUUGAGCUUUGCUCUAAAAUAACUAAAGUAAUCCAGUUUGACAGAGAUGAAUCCUGCAUGAUUGGUUACGGUUUCUCCAUUUCGGUGGUGGAGGAGGAUGGAGUACAGCAGCUCUACAUCACUGAUGUAAAGGCAGGGGGAUUAGCCUUUGCUAAAGGUCUGAACGCAGGGGAUGAAAUACUUCAGUUAAAUGGAAAAGACUCUCACAGUCUUAAUUUCUCUGACAUGAAAGCGGCGUUCUCUCAAGCUUCACUGGCUCUGACAGUCAACACCUUGCCUGCGGUGGACCGCCGUCAGCUCUGCUACUUGCCGCCACGCCGCUCAGAUGCAGAGGAAGAUCUCUACACUGACAUUUUCUCCCAAAGUCAAGAGGAAAUCCUGGACGAUGGAGUUGGACUGUUUCUGGAGAGCUCAGGAGACAGCCUGGAUGACGACUCUGAGAUCUUCAGUGAAUUCGAUGAGUGCACAAAGAGUACGGAGCAGGUCGCCGCUUUCUGCCGCAGUCUCCAUGACAUGAAUUCCAUGGAGUGCGUGUCCUCUUCGCCGAGCCCGGAAUCGCCCUUUCCACCUCCUGCAACUCCCCGACAGCUCUCUGAUGCCGACAAGCUCCGCAAAGUCAUCUGUGAGCUCGUGGAGACCGAACGCACCUAUGUCAAAGAUCUCAAUUGCCUCAUUGGGAGAUAUUUAACCCCACUGCAGAAAGAGACCUUCCUCACUCAGGAUGAGCUGGAUGUUCUGUUUGGUAACUUGUCAGAAAUGGUGGAGUUCCAAGUUGAGUUUCUCAAGACUCUGGAAGACGGGACAAGACUGGUUCCUGAUCUGGAGAAACUGGAGAGAGUGGAUCAGUUUAAGAAAAUCCUCUUCUCCCUCGGAGGCUCUUUCCUGUACUAUGCAGACCGUUUUAAGAUCUACAGUGCUUUCUGCGCCAGCCACACCAAAGUCCCUAAGGUCCUCGUGAAGGCCAAAACUGACCCCAAUUUUAAGGCCUUUCUGGAUGAGCGAAACCCCAAGCAGCAGCACUCUUCCACACUGGAGUCAUACCUAAUCAAACCCAUACAGAGGGUUCUCAAGUAUCCCCUCCUGCUGAAGGAGCUCUACUCGCUCACAGACCCAGACAGUGAGGAACAUUACCACCUCGACGUUGCCAUGAAAGCCAUGAACAAGGUUGCCAGCCACAUCAAUGAAAUGCAGAAGAUCCACGAGGAGUUUGGAGCUGUGUUUGAUCAGCUUAUCACUGAACAGAGCAGUGAAAAGAAAGAGGUUGCUGAUCUGUCAAUGGGCGAUCUGCUUCUCCACAACACUGUAACAUGGAUUAACCCACCUGCCUCCUUAGGAAAAUGGAAGAAAGAACCCCAGAUGGCUACAUUUGUAUUCAAAACAGCAGUGGUCUUUGUUUGCAAGGAGGGGUCCAAGCAGAAGAAGAAAAUGGGCGGUUCCCACCGGGUCUCUGUAUCUUCUGAAGAAAAAGAUCCCUUCAGAUUCCGUCACAUGAUCCCAACUGAUGCCCUUCAAGUCCGGUCUAUGACCAAUGCAGAUGGCGAGGGCUCUGCUGUGUGUGAGAUUGUCCACACAAAAUCGGAGUCAGAAGGACGACCAGAGAGGACAUUUCACCUGUGCUGCAGCUCUCCGGAGAGCAGAAAAGACUUUGUGAAGACAGUCCACUCCAUCUUGCGGGAAAAGCACCGCCGGCAGCUCCUAAAAACAGAGAGUUUACCACUCAACCAGCAGUAUGUACCCUUUGGAGGAAAACGGCUGUGUGCUCUGAAGGGAGCCCGUCCCACUAUAAAUAGAGCAGCAUCUGCCCCGACUAGGACUCUGGGCCGAAGGAAGUUGGUGCGCAACCGUUUCACCAUAGACACGGAUAUUGUUUUUGAUGGUGAUCCUGAACAGCAAGACCUCGUUUCACCAGAGGAGCCUGGCUCAAAACGGUCCCAGCAGGAUGAGGAACCAGAUCAGCAGCAGCAGCAGCAGUCUGACUUGGCAGGUGACACAGACCGCUGGGUGGAAGAACAAUUCGACCUAGAAGAAUACGAAGAUCAAGAAGAGGUGAAGGAGACAGACAUCCUCAGUGACGACGACGACUUCUGCCAGACACCAACACCUGCGUCCAUCGAGACUGACCUGGAGGCCCCGGUUAUGGCUUUGACCUUGGAGGGUGUGGAAAGGGAGGAGAAUGAGAGCCUUAAAUCCCCAACAGCCAGUGAGACAUCUGACAUGGCGAAGCAGAGCACCAUGAUCGAUGACAAGACGGAGGAUCAAAAUCAGACGGAGAAGGAUGAGAUUUGGGUAAGAAGGGAGCAAUCAGGUUUAUCCCCAGACUGUGCCACAUAAAAGCUGAUGGCAGAAAAUAGACAGCGAGUGUUCUAGACAGCUUUACAUGAGCUCCAUAAAAAUCAGUUAUCACAAACAAUGCAUGAGCAUUGAUGUAUAUUGCACAGCUAGUAGACGAUAUACCCUUCCUUACCUUAUGCUGAAUGCUUUUUUUUGUACAGGUAAGAAUAUUAUGGGAGCAAUACAGGAAUCCAGAGUGAGGGAGCUUUAUCCUGAAUCAAAUGCUGUUACAGGAAAGUCAAGUGUAAGCUUUGAGGGUUGAAACAAUGGUACAAUCACAGAGUCUAAUCAGUUGCUUUGAUUGGCAUGGUUUGCACAUUUGGGCGGCGUUCUUUAGUCCUGCCUGCUGUUGCCAAAUUUGGGUAUUGUGAGAACAUAAAUAUUUGUUAUGUCUGUGUUACUCAGAGAUAUUAUCAUAGUUAAGGGCUGUAUAUUAUUUGUCCUUAAAGAAAUAGAAUAAUUAAUUGCAAAGGACAGUUGUCUUGCAUAGUUUACUAUACUUGUGGAUUUUCACAUGAAUAUACACUGACAUGUUUUGAGUACAGACUUCCUGAUGUAUUUGAUUUUGAUUUGCUGUUUAUUAACUUAAAGCUAUCUUUUUACUCGGGGAGAUAGCUUGUUCUUUUUUUGUUACAUUUAAUAGGAUAAUAGUAGAAUUAUGUAAAACUCCCCUUGUCAAAGAAGCAAGGAGAUUUCAUUGUUUUGAAUUUGGCAUAAUCCUGUUUUACUUGAAUUUGGCUGUUUCACGUGUUUUUGUUUACUGUGAAACCAUUUUGGUGACUUUUACUUUUCCUCUUCAGUAUUACCGCUCAUACACAUGGAAGUUAACACUCCACUUGGAACCACUCAGUAUUGUACAUAAUACAUCUGGGGUCUGUUUCAGAAAGCGGGUUUAGUAAAAUAGCUGACAUUGUUAACCCUGUUGGAGAAAAAGUCAAUGGUAGGUUUUCUUUAACAAAUCCCAAGUUUCUCCCUAAAGAAAGGCCUUGGAUUCCCAGAUACGCCUUAAUAAAUGUGACUGUGUGGACAUUUAGGCGCCUGUCAGGUUGUGAACCACUUCAAAGCACUGGAACAUUUACCUUGCAUUACUGUAGUAAUCACAGUUUAGCACCAAUUUGUAUCAACAUUUAGACACAUCAAAUACUCAUUCAUUAAACACGUGUCACAUAAUGAGGAGUGAAUCAUGUUCAUGAUUACAUAAUUGUGUACGUAAAUACAUCUCCAUAGAGCUGCAAAUGAAAUGACUAAGACUCUAAAAAUAAACUAGCUAUAGUUUAAAAGUGAGUUUUUACAUAUAAGCUGAUAUUGGUUUAGUCUGACAGCAUUACAUGUUGCGAUAUUUACAAACUUUAAAAUACAUUGGCUCACUAUCAUUAAAUAUAAAGCCCAUAGCUAAGUAUUUCCAUUCAGUUUGAACCUAGACACAACCUCACAUCCAUAUUUUAAUCUCUUUAUUUAUUUCUGUCCCCAUCGAUUGAACCAGCUUUUUUUGAACCCUAUCUCAGGGUUUAUCAGUUUAGUGUUCAGGGUUAGCUUAGAGUUUGUAAACCUGCUUCCUGAAAGAGACUUCAGCUUCUUUAAAAAAUGUCUUGUGUGUUCAAAAUGAUUGUUCACUAGUAUUGGAAUACAAUGCAAUGUUCUUAUUUAUUCAUAUGUAAAUUAAUUUGAUGGCAGCAAACACAGUAGUUGGUUUUUUUUUUUUCCACUGAGAAAGUCCAAAUUUGCUCAAGCAAUCAAGGGAAAGGCUUGCCGUGUGCAAAACGAAAGAAGUCAUACUUGUAAACAAUUCAUUGUGCUACUAAGACUGCGUUUUUAUUACUGUGUGUAUAUAGAAAUGUACUGAUAUCAUAAUAAAAACAGUUGUUUCCUACUUAUAAUUUAA